CCCUCCUCUAGCUCUGUGACUGUGUCUCUGGCUGUGUCAAUGGCUCCUCCUGCCGCGGACAGACGGGGCUUACGGGAGGGGAUCAUUUCGGGGCUCCAGUAAGAGCUCCAGACACCGGCCACAGGGAGGGAGUUGCUGGAAAAGACGACAAAGGAGUAAGGAGAGGACGGUAGUGUAGUUCUUGCUCUCUCACCUUCAUCUCCUCAGAGCGCCGGACGCACCGCUUGGCACCGAUAUAGGCGGACCGACAGGGCGAGCCCAGCGCUCCGAGCAGGUCUGCGGCCCUCAUCCGACAGUUAGCAAAUGAACUCGGUCAGAGCAGCAAACAGGAGACCCAGGCGAGUGUCGAGGCCGCGCCCGGUGCAGCCGGAGAGAAACAACGCCGGGGAACGGGAUGAAGUGCCUGCAGACAUGGUUGCAGAAGAAUCAGGUCCUGGUGCACAGAAUAGUCCUUAUCAACUUCGCAGAAAAACUCUUGUCCCUAAAAGAACCACUUGCCCAACAAAGAGCAGUAUGGAGGGUGCUUCCACUUCUGCAACGGAAAACUUUGGUCAUAGAGCGAAACGUGCCCGAGUGUCUGGAAAAUCCCAAGAUUUACCAGCCGCACCUGCAGAGCAAUAUCUUCAAGAAAAACUACCAGAUGAAGUUGUGUUAAAGAUUUUUUCCUACCUGCUGGAGCAAGAUCUUUGUAGAGCUGCUUGUGUUUGCAAACGUUUCAGUGAACUUGCUAAUGAUCCUAUUUUGUGGAAACGAUUAUACAUGGAGGUGUUUGAGUAUACACGACCAAUGAUGCAUCCUGAACCCGGAAAGUUCUAUCAGAUAAACCCAGAAGAAUAUGAGCAUCCGAAUCCAUGGAAGGAAAGUUUUCAACAACUGUACAAAGGAGCACAUGUUAAGCCAGGAUUUGCAGAACACUUUUACAGUAAUCCGACUAGAUAUAAAGGAAGAGAAAAUAUGUUGUACUAUGAUACCAUUGAAGAUGCUCUAGGUGGUGUGCAAGAAGCACAUUUUGAUGGACUCAUCUUUGUGCACUCUGGUAUUUACACAGACGAAUGGAUUUACAUAGAGUCUCCAAUAACAAUGAUUGGUGCAGCGCCAGGAAAGGUAGCGGACAAAGUGAUCAUUGAAAACACUAGAGAUUCCACAUUCGUAUUUAUGGAGGGUUCAGAGGAUGCUUAUGUUGGUUAUAUGACAAUCAGGUUUAACCCUGAUGAUAAAUCUGCACAACACCACAAUGCCCAUCACUGCUUAGAAAUCACCGUAAACUGCAGUCCAGUAAUUGAUCAUUGUAUCAUUCGAAGCACUUGCACAGUUGGCUCUGCAGUAUGCGUUAGUGGCCAGGGAGCUUGUCCCACAAUAAAACACUGUAACAUCAGUGACUGUGAAAAUGUAGGGUUGUACAUCACGGACCAUGCACAGGGGAUUUACGAAGACAAUGAGAUCUCAAAUAAUGCCUUAGCUGGUAUAUGGGUUAAAAAUCAUGGCAAUCCUAUAAUUAGGAGAAAUCAUAUACAUCAUGGACGUGAUGUCGGUGUGUUUACUUUUGACCAUGGCAUGGGUUAUUUUGAAAGCUGCAACAUACAUAGAAAUAGAAUAGCUGGCUUUGAGGUAAAAGCCUAUGCCAAUCCUACAGUGGUAAGAUGCGAAAUCCACCAUGGCCAGACUGGAGGAAUUUAUGUCCAUGAAAAAGGGAGAGGCCAAUUCCUAGAGAACAAAAUCUAUGCAAACAAUUUUGCAGGUGUAUGGAUUACCUCAAAUAGUGACCCAACUAUAAGGGGAAAUGCAAUUUUUAAUGGAAAUCAAGGUGGUGUAUAUAUUUUUGGUGAUGGAAGAGGCCUUAUAGAAGAAAAUGACAUAUAUGGUAAUGCUUUAGCGGGCAUACAGAUUCGGACAAAUAGUUGCCCUAUUGUCAGGCAUAAUAAAAUUCAUGACGGUCAGCACGGUGGAAUAUAUGUGCAUGAAAAGGGUCAAGGUGUUAUUGAAGAAAAUGAAGUCUAUAGUAAUACAUUGGCUGGUGUGUGGGUUACAACAGGAAGCACACCUGUUCUACGGAGGAACAGAAUACACAGUGGAAAGCAGGUUGGGGUGUAUUUCUAUGACAACGGCCAUGGAGUCUUAGAAGACAACGACAUCUAUAACCAUAUGUAUUCUGGGGUUCAAAUAAGAACUGGAAGCAACCCCAAAAUCAGACGUAACAAAAUCUGGGGAGGCCAGAAUGGCGGAAUACUUGUUUAUAAUUCUGGCCUUGGCUUCAUUGAAGACAACGAAAUUUUUGAUAAUGCUAUGGCUGGUGUUUGGAUCAAAACAGAUAGCAACCCAACUUUACGAAGAAACAAAAUUCAUGAUGGAAGAGAUGGUGGAAUUUGUAUAUUUAAUGGAGGAAGAGGACUUCUUGAAGAGAAUGACAUCUUCAGGAAUGCCCAGGCUGGGGUGCUUAUUAGCACCAAUAGUCACCCAGUGUUACGGAAGAACAGAAUAUUUGAUGGAUUUGCUGCAGGUAUUGAAAUUACGAACCAUGCGACUGCAACUCUUGAAGGCAAUCAAAUAUUCAACAACCGCUUUGGAGGUUUAUUCCUAGCAUCUGGUGUAAAUGUUACAAUGAAAGAUAAUAAAAUUAUGAACAAUCAAGAUGCCAUAGAAAAAGCGGUCAAUCGAGGCCAGUGUUUGUAUAAGAUAUCAAGCUACACCAGCUAUCCAAUGCAUGACUUCUACAGAUGUCACACCUGUAACACCACAGACCGUAAUGCCAUCUGCGUGAAUUGCAUCAAGAAAUGUCACCAAGGGCAUGAUGUAGAGUUUAUUAGGCAUGAUAGGUUUUUCUGCGACUGUGGUGCCGGAACACUGUCUAACCCUUGUACAUUAGCUGGAGAACCAACCCAUGACACAGAUACACUAUAUGACUCUGCACCCCCUAUAGAAUCUAAUACUUUGCAACACAACUGAACUCAUUUACAAAAGGCGAAAUCCUGCCAUUCUAACCUAACUUGUUAAACUUUCUUUUGGAGAGGAAAAAAAAAAGCCCUUUUCUGUUGGAUGACUGGUUACCUGCCAAAAAGAAAGGAUAAGGCACUAUAAUGACUCAGGAUAAAAAGGAAGAACUGGGCAUUUUUAGAAUUGCUUUGUAGGCAAAGACAUUUGGAAGUGAAGAAAAUAAGCUACUGGUUUGGACAGACACCAGUUGGAGCUGGUGUCUUAACAAGUAGCGUUGAGAGGCAGUCGACUUUGCAGUAGUACUAUUCUAUAGACAGGCAGCUUGACUUGUUGCUGCCCUUAUGGACAUGGGUACCAAUUGCUUUUGUAACAUGGUAAAAUGUGAGCUAGCACUUCUCCAUUUUCUUUUGAAUUUUUUUUUAACAUGUAUUCAGAUUGAGAUAUUUUAAUGCUUUAAAUCUCAUGUAGUUUUGUUUUUUUUUAUUUUUAAUUUCAAGCAAGGUUUAUUGUACUUGAAAAUGUACUGUUCUGUUAGCACACCAUAGAAAUGCUGUAAACUGUACUCAUGUCCCAGUAUCUACGUUCUUUCUAUGAAAGAGAAAAACACUAAUCUUAAUCCAGCAAUUUUUCUGGUAUCCUUUUGAAAAGUUAGAAUGUUGUAUCAUUUCUUCUAGCACCCCUGGAAGUCUUCAUAUUACAUAACAUGCUGGACAAAUAGCGUUCUCUUAUAAGGAGACCUUGAAGCGAUGCACUGAAGUGAUGUGUGGAUGCUUCCAUCACUCCCCUUGGGAAUGGGCUGGUGUUGACUUUGGUUUAAAGUUUACUGUACAGUGUCUUUCAGAAUGCUCCUGUAACUGUUCAUUUUUUUUUUGAACAGCAUUGAACUUGCACAUUGCUGGAAAUUUACAAAUUAUUUCCUGCUAAUAUGAAGCUGAAACAAGCAUAUAUACAGCCCUAUACAGUUUCAUAGCUUUUGUUAUUUUAUUUUUCCCAUUUAUAUGUAUUGGUGACAGUGGGUAAUCAAACAGCCUGAAAGUGUAUGCAUGUACCAUAACAUCUAGACUUAAUAUAUUGUGGAGUAUUCAAUAACCAUUAUGUAGAGGGUAGGUAUGAAUUUAAAAAAGGGGGGUUUAAUUUCCUAGAAGAGAAAAAAAAAUGGAAAUAUGGUCAUUUUUAAAAAAUAAAGUUUAUUAGAUCAUAAUGUGUGAAUACCAGCCUUGUGAAUAAACGCCAGAAACCGCAA